AUGGUAAUGGGUUUUCGCCAUACCCAAACCCAAACCCAAACCCACACACAAGGGAUUUGGAUCGAGGAUUUUCCAUCCCUUCACUACAUUCUAUCUAAGUCAUUUUACAAAAAAUCAUAUAGAAAGCUCAGCAAGUACAUUGACACCUAUGGAAGAAAGAGAAGAGGAUGGAAGAGAUUUGGAAAGAAGAGAAUUAUCAGAAAGAAGAUUGAUGUUUAUGGAAAGAAGAGAAGAUUUAAUAAGAGAAGAAUUGACACUUACAGAAAGAAGAAUAGAAAGAAUAGAAGAGGUGACAAGAAGAAUAAGAAAGUUGAUAUUUACAAGCGUAAAUAA